AUGAAAAAUAAUAUAGAAAUAAAAUGGGCUGAUAAUGAGGAAGAAAGAUUAGGUGUUAACUAAGAUUCUGAUCAUAAAUUAUUUAUAGGUUCAUUACCAAAAACUUGUACAGAAAUUAUACCAUAAAAAAAGAAUGAUGUUCCUUAAGUUAAUUGGCAAAAAAUAUAUUUUAAAUAUUAUACUGAGGAUAAUAUAGGAUAUUAUUAUCAUCCUUAUACAAAUUCUAGCAGUUUCGAUAAACCAUAAGCUGGAUCUUUAAUAAAUGAUAUUGAUGGAUCAACUGAAUUCAUAGAAGCUAACCCUAUAUAAUAACUUUUAAUGUAGAAAAAUGAAGUUUUUGUUAUUAAUGAUAGAAAAGAUGUUUAUGAUGGGAAAAAGCAUGGUCCUCCAGGUUCUAAUUUAUUCAUUUUUCAUCUUCCUACUGAUUUUAGAGAUUCGGAUCUUGAAAGACUUUUCGGUUAAUUUGGAGAAGUUAUUUCUGCAAGAGUAAAUACUAGACCAGAUGGUACUAGCAAAGGAUUUGGUUUUAUUAGUUAUAAUUCUGCAAAAGAAGCUGAAGAUGCAAUUAAUAAUUUGAAUGGAUUUUAACUAAAAAAUAAAAGAUUAAAAGUAGAAAUAAAAAAAGAAUAAAAUACAUUACAUUCUUCUUCUUUUUAGAAUAAUUUUAAUCCGUUUUGAGAGAAGGAUA